AAACCUCGUCACCAGAAAACCCCUCCGAGGCAGAACUGAGUUCCGGUAUUUUCACGCAAAAAAAACAAAAAAACAACUGAACUACAAGUGCAGCUACUUCCGCCUUCAGCCGCGUCUCCUCACACAGAGCAAUGACGGCUACUUUGCGCCCAUACCUCAAUGCGGUUCGUGCGACCUUGCAGGCCGCCCUCUGCCUGGAGAACUUCUCCUCGCAAGUGGUGGAGAGACACAACAAGCCAGAGGUGGAAGUGCGAAGUAGUAAAGAGUUGCUCCUCCAGCCUGUGGUCAUCAGCCGAAAUGACAAGGAGAAAGUCCUGAUUGAGGGCUCCAUCAACUCUGUCAGAGUCAGCAUCGCUGUCAAGCAGGCAGAUGAGAUUGAGAAGAUUCUGUGCCAUAAAUUCAUGCGUUUCAUGAUGAUGAGAGCAGAGAACUUCUUCAUCCUGAGGAGGAAACCUGUGGACGGCUACGACAUCAGUUUUCUCAUCACCAACUUUCACACGGAGCAGAUGUACAAACACAAACUGGUUGACUAUGUCAUUCAUUUCAUGGAGGAAAUUGACAAGGAGAUCAGUGAAAUGAAGCUGUCCGUCAACGCCAGGGCUCGUAUUGUCGCAGAGGAGUUCCUCAAAAAUUUCUGAAAGCGAGAAAACAACGGAAUACAUUUCUUUUCCAAAAACUUUGCUAUCACUGUGGAGCUUUCACAUCGCAAAGCAGAAAGGAGGAGAUCUCAUCAACCAUGAGAAGUUGAGAAACAAAAGGGAGGCAGUAGAGAUGUACUGGCAAAUUGGCUUUUACCCUUUAAACUUUAACACCUUUUGCUCAAAAAUAUGGAUUUUGUACAUAAUUCAUAUUCAUAAGAUGUUCAUUUCUGCGUUUAGAAGUCUGAGCCUGACCUUUAAACAGCUAUUCAUAUCAAUAUUCAUGAGCACAGGGUAAGAUUUUUUUAAAAUAUAUAUAUUAUAUGAAAAUGAAUUUAAUUUAUCAAUGUUUUGUUAUGACCAACCUUUAACAACGAGGGCAAUCAAUUGGUGGCAUGUUUCUUGUACCAGUACAAAAGUCCACAGAAAAAACCCUAUAAUAAUAAUUCAAAUAAAUAUACUUGCUGAAGGUGAAUAUAAAUAAAAAGCAUCAUUCUUUGUA